GUGUUUGGAGUUAUACCGGCGUGUCUGUGGCUAGAAGAUGAACUCCCCAUCUCGACAUUUUAUGCCGCCGGCUGGGGAGCAAAUGGGUUUGAUAAAAAACCCACCAACUAUCUCGUGACAGCAUUGCUUUUCCCCGUGACAAACGAAGAAUGUAUAGUUAAUCUUACAGGUCAGGUUCCCCGAAUGAAACUAGCCAAUGGUAUAAGCGAUCACCAGCUAUGCGCAGCAGGUAUCGAAAUGGACACUUGCAAGGGAGACUCUGGAGGACCUCUGUAUAGCAAACUAAAUUUUGCAAACAAACUAGUUCCAUUUCUUGUCGGCCUGACGUCGUAUGGCGGACCAUGUGGAUUUUCGCAGCCGGGUGUGUAUGUGCGGGUGUCCAAAUUUAGAGAUUGGAUUAUCGAAACGAUACGACAGUUUAAUCCAUCGGUGACUGCAUCCACGUUUGACCCUAUGAGUUGUGCAAAAAGAAACCUUUUCUUGCGUGAAGCCGAUGUGCUGACGAUGUUCCAAGAGAGAGAGCCAAACAGUGUGCAACUUUUAUAUCCGCAACAACCGUCUCGUGUCGAUUGUGGAGGCAUUUUGGCUGAGCCUGAUGCUGUUAUAACGUUGGCCACUUGCGUGAAAUGGAAUGGGUAAGUAGAUGGCUCUAAUGUAUGAAAAGCUUUAAUGGUCGAUUUUAUACAAUUCUUAAUAUCGCAGUGCUGAUCCUACCCGCGUAAAGUUGUUCGAUUCGGAGGUGAUUGAUGUAGAUGAUAUUGUUUACCAUCCAAAUUUUGGGGGAAAUCUUUACAAUAAUAUUGCAAUUAUAAAGCUUAAGCGCUUUUCCAACUUUCGUCCGCAUUGCAUUGAGUACGAUACACUAGAAGAUAUUGCUUUGGAGCUUCCCGUAAUUAUCCCUACUCCCCUAAAUAUUAUCAAAGA